CCAUCAGCUGAUUGGACACCAAGAAGAAUGUCUCCCUCAUCUGCAGGGGGACAGUUUCACUUUAGAGUAUCCACAGCCCUCACAUUUUAAAGGGGACAAAGAUGAGCCACAGCCCUCUUAUUUCAAAGAGGAAGAGGAGGGAGAGUGUCCUGUAGGGCAGGAGGAGGCUGAUGUCAGCAAGUUUCCACUGACUGUUGUCUCUGUGAAGACUGAAGAGCAUGAAGACAAACCACCUGAGUCCUCACAGCUUCAUCACAGUCCAAACAUCUGUGAAGAACAUCUUCACCCUGUGCAACAGAAGUGGAGCUUCAGGAUGCGAACGGAGGAGCCACAGCCCUUCCACAUUAAGAAGGAAGAGGAAUACCUACAGACCCCCAUUUUUAAAGAGGAAGAGGAGGACCCACAGACACCCCAUUUUAAAAAGGAAGUGGUGGAUCCACUGACACCCCAUUUUAAAAAGGAAGCGGUGGAUCCACUGAGCCCUCACAUUAAAGAGGAAGAGGAAGAACACAGCAUCAAUCAGCAGGGAGAGCAUCUUGAAGGACUGGAGGAGGUUGAUGUCACCAAGAUGCCAGUGACUGGUGUCCCUGUGAAGAGUGAAGAUGAUGAGGUGAAAGGUGAAAGUGAGGAGAGGGGAGGGGGGGAGCCUCCAAGCAGCAGCUCAACACAACACAUGACAACAGAAGCUGAUGGAGACCACUGUGGAGGAUCACAAGCAGACAAGCUCUUAGCUCCACUAUCAGAUAGUGAGGACACAACGUCACACUCUCCUGACACUGAUGAUGAAGACUCUAAAGAUGAUAAGACAUGUCACACUGACAACACUCACUUCACAUCUUCUCACUCUCACAAAACAUUUAAAUCUCCUAGUAAGUUGAAAAGACACAUGAGAACACACACUGGAGAAAAACCUUUUUCAUGUUCAAUCUGCGGUAAAGAUUUUAUUCAGAGGUACGAUUUGAAAAGACACAUGAGAACACACACUGGAGAAAAACCUUUUUCAUGUUCAAUCUGCGGUAACGAUUUUAUUCAUAGGCAACAUUUGAAUACACACAAGACAAUACACACUGGAGAAAAACCUUUUACUUGCUCAGAAUGCUGUAAAAGAUUUGCGCGAAAAGCAGAGUUAAAAAGACACAUGAGAAUACACACUGGAGAAAAACCAUUCAUGUGCCUAAUUUGUGGCAAAGGAUUCUCCCAGAAGGGACAGUUGGUAAACCACACAAAAACACACACUGGAGAAAAACCUUUUUCAUGUUCAUCUGUAGUAAAGGAUUUACUCAAAGGCACCUUUUCAAAGCACACAUUAGAAGACACACAGGAGAAAAACCUUUUUCAUGUUCAAUGUGUGGUAAAGCUUUUACUCGAAGUGACCAUUUCAAAGCACACAUGAGAAUACACACUGGAGAAAAAACGUUUUUAUGUUCAAUCUGCGGUAAAGAUUUUACUCGAAGGGACCAUUUCAAAGCACAUAUGAGAAUACACAAUGAAUAAAAAAACCUUUUUCUUGUUAAGAAUGUGGUGAAGCUUUUGUACAAUGAAGCACUUUGAAAGUACACAUGAGAACACACACUGGAGAAAAACCUUUUUCCUGCUCAGAAUGUGUUAAAGCGUUUGUAUGAAAAAGCACAUUGAAAGUAGCCAUGAGAACACACACUGGAGACAUACCUUAUACAUGUUCAGUAUAUUGUAAACGUUUUAUACAAAGUCUGCUUUUGAAAAGACUCAUGAGAAUACACACUGGUAAGUAAGUGUUGAGUUGCAGCGUGUGUGGUGAAAGAUUCUCUUCUAGGCUUCACGGUGAAAGAGGGGUGAGUGCGUCUGCCUCACAAUACAAAGGUCCUGAGUAGUCCUGUGUUCAAUCCCGGGCUCGGGGUCUUUUUGUGUGGAGUUUGCAUGUCCUCCCCGUGAAUGCGUGUGUUCCCUCUGGGUACUCCGGCUUCCUCCCACUUCCUGUCAAAGUUUGUUGUUGACGAACCCCAUGAUGCGGAGACGGAGUCAGGCAUUGAAUAAGAAAACAUGGUUUUAAUAUAAAAUACUAGAACAAAACCAAACAAAGGGUACAAACAAAAAGCACGCACGUGGGCAGAUAAACUAAGAGAGCAAGCAUGGGAGCUACAAAACAAAAAGGAACUUUAGAAUGGAAAAGAGAAGUCGUAC